UAUUACAUUUCAAAAUAAGAGCUCUAUAGUUGCAAAACAUAUUGAGUGAAGUGAAAUGAUAAUAUUCAUAACUCUCUUUCUCUAAGUCUGUGCUCGGCACUAAGUGCAGGCUGAAACCAAAAAGCAGAACCAAGCCAAUUGAUAACAACUGUAUAGCUAACUGUGUGACCGGGACGCCAGUCGGCUCACGCGUCAGCUGACCUGGAAGACGAGCCGCCGAUGUGAACCCAGCGAGCUUCACACUGGGAACACGACAAACGACACGAUGCGAUUCACCACCGACGACCAACCAUGACUUGUGUCGGGGACGAAGACGACCCGUUUCCCGCGGACCACUGUCUGUUCGCGGAAACAUUUUCCCAAGACAACCUGUACACGCUGGUCGGUCAGGAGCUGAAGAUAAGACAGGUGUUCGGCGCCAACCUCGGCGUGGCGGCCCCGGUCUGGGAAGCUGCGUUACAGAUGUGUCGUUACUUCGAGGAGCAGUGUGUGGAGCUGAGGGGGAAGCGCAUCUUGGAGCUGGGAGCAGGGACCGGAGUGGUCGGCAUUUUGGCAGCACGCCUCGGUGCAGCCGUGACCCUCACUGACCUUCCUCUGGCCCUGCCGCAGCUUCAGGCCAACGUCUCGGCCAACAUGCCGUCCAGUGGUUGGCCCUCUCCUCCUCCCACCGUCCUCCCUCUGUCCUGGGGUGAGGACCACAUGAACUUUCCGUCUGACUGGGACCUGGUGUUGUGCGCGGAUAUAAUUUACCUCCCCGAGACGUACCCGCUGCUGGUGGAGACUCUUGCUCACCUGUGCAAGAACGGAGCCGUGGUUUAUCUCUCGUCCAAGAUGCGCAAAGAGCACGAGACUCCGGUUUUCUUCAAGGAGCGUCUGCCGAACAGAUUCAAUGUGGAGCUUUUGCACCGUGAUGAGAGACAAAACAUUAAUAUCUACAGGGCAUCACUAAGAACAGAUCUGUGAAAGCAGGGACAGGCAUCGACUGGCCUGGGACUCAGAUCAGUUACUGAAGUGAAUCAUGUUAUGGCUCUGUUUUCUUGGAUAUAUAUUUUUUUAAAUAUAGCAAAGACAUUCUGCAAAAUGAAGCUGCCAGAAAGAGCAGGUCAACCACAGUAUUGGUUUCACAGUACAUUUUUACUGAACUGACAAUUUGAUUGUUUAUAUACAUAUAUAUACAUAUUUAUUUGGGUAUUACGAAAAAUAGAAAGAGUUACUUCCCAAAUCUGUAAUAUCCAAGGAAAUGUUCCUCAAUAUAUGUUUUGAAAAAAUCAAAUGUGUCCAUUGUAAUUAUUAGUUUUCUGAUGAUUUUUUUUGAUGUUUUUGAUUUUGGCUGGGCAAUGCCAAAAUAACAAAAUGUUCAACAACACUUCUCUAGAAAAUGAUGCGACUCAGUUCAGUGCUGCAUAUUACGAACACUACAGAUUUGUCAAGUUAUUUUUCAAUGUACAGUUGCAGCUUCUCUCCUGCAGAUACAGGCUGCAGUCUAAGAAUGAUCACCUGACUAGAGAUUUUCAGUCUUUCAUGUUAUCACUUGUCUAGAUAUUCAUUGUUGUCAACACGCAGGUUCACAGAAGACACCAUUCUUGAUGGGUUUCCUUAAAUUUUUCCAAUUUUAAUUUAUUCGAUCCUUGUCAUUGAAAAGAAAAUCUUCAUUUAAUAUAAUAAUAUACACUUGACAUAUGUUUUGGGGUCAUUAAUAUUUUAGAAAAAUGCUAUUUUUGUAUUGAGAUGCAUAAAGCCGAAAACAAAGUUCAUCACAUCCCUUCCAACUAUUCUGUCAACAUCAACACAUUGUCGUCCCUGCAGCCUGCUGUCUGUACGAACUUCAUCCCCUCUCUCCUGCUCUCUGCUGAUGUACUGACUUUCUGUUCAGAAAAGAAAAGCCUGUUUGUUACGCUGGGGAGUUUCAAAGAAAGGGAGACAAAUCGUUCGCUGCCCGUCUCUCCCUCUGCUACAAUUCAGCCGACAAAACAACAGAUCCCUAUCUCCAGGCAGAGUCUGCUCUGCCAUCACACCCGGCAUCUCCCACGCGUGUCAUGCACAGUGCAGAACAAUGGCAUUGAAGUUGACCAGAGUUCCCUUUUGAUUGAUGAGACAACAUCCAAGGAACUUUAGUUUUGACUUUAAAUAUUAAUUGUACACUUGAAGUGUUUUGUAGUUUUAUCUGUUAUUUAAUUUUUGAUCAAAAGUAGUUGGUGCAGGUAUGUGACUUAGGUGUGUAAUAUCAUUUUAUCUUUAUCAAUCUGACAAAAAAAGAUACAUGGAAUCCCAAUCAACUUCUUUCUAUCUGACAAAAUUAUUUUUUUUAAAUUGUCACAAAACUCAACUGGCAAACUGGCAACAACAUAUAACAAACAGUUUUUUUUCCCCACUGCUUGUUAGAUUUUGACUGCCCAUGUUAGUUUAUGCAUGUUUUAACAAAAUUCUGAUUACCAUUACCCUCCACUUCAGGGGGUAAGGGUGGAAUUUUUGAGAUGGAAUUUAUAAAAACCUGAUGAAAAAAUUCCUCUGUGAUAUUUUAACUGGGCGUGUUGGCUCAAUGAAAGGAGGAUGGGCUUUGUAACUUUGUGUGUGUGUGUGUGUGUGUGUGUGUGUGUGUGUGUGUGUGAGAGAGGUGGGUGGGGGAUAAAAACCAUGAUCCUUUUAAACCUUUGUCAGGUUGGACUUCAUUAGACCUCAUGUCCCCACAUGAGCACUAAGGACAAUAAUCUGAAAAUAGUAGAUAAAAGGUAUGUGUGCAUCUAUGACUUUAUUUAUGCAUUUAAUAUCUAUUAAUCUAAUUUGUGUUACUUUUUUUAUUAAAACUGUCUUUAUCUAGUAAUUCCAUGUCACAUUAAAUGUUGAUAUACAA